UAGUCCAUCAACAUGGCUGCCGCGGAGCAAGAAAGUCAACACAAAGGAGUUCGCCCGCUUCCUUUCAAAGACGUCGACCAUAGGGUCUAUUUCUUUGACAACAUUGGUGAAUUACAGAAGGAUGGGGUACUGCAGGAUGUCGUCAUUGAGGUCGAGGGUCGGCGGUUUCCCUGCCAUCGGCUUGUUCUGUCCGUUCGCUGUCCCUACUUCAGGGCCAUGUUUUCAAGUGACAUGGCGGAAAGUCGACAGAAGACGGUGGUUCUACAGGAUAUGGAUGCAGAUGUGUUUGAGGAGAUCCUAAGUUACUUCUACUCUGGAACCAUCUAUGUGUCCCUGGACAAAGUGAAGUCCCUGUACCAGGCAGCCGACCUCCUCCAACUGGACUAUGUGAAGAUCGCUUGCAAAAAGUACAUGGUCACGAAUGUAGAUAGCUCCAACUGUGUGGACCUAUACCGAUUUGCUGAUUUUUUCUCUAUGGACACUGUUGCUUAUCUUUUCUCUAUGGAUGCUAUUCGAAACCGUAGCCUGCAUUUUAUCUGCAGGUUUUUUUCUGAGGUUUCUCACACCAAGGAAUUCUACAGCCUGAGUGUAAAUCAGCUGACUAGGAUCAUCAGCCACGAUAAGCUGGAUGUUAAACAGGAGAAAACUGUGUGGGAGGCUGUUGUGAGAUGGGUGCAGCACAGCAGGGAGGACAGACUACAACACCUACCCAGCAUCCUCCCUCACAUCCGCUUCAACCUGCUGACCUCAGAUGACACGGCAGCCAUCUUACAACAUCCCAUGGUCAGGGAGAAUUCUGGGAGUUCUGAGGUCAGCAAUCUUGCUAUGAUGCCCAAGACGUCCAAUCCAAAGAGGAGAAUUGGGAUGGAUGCUCAGGAAAUGUUCCUGCUUUUCAGGACAAUUGGAACAGACACAACUCAAAUGCUCUGUUACAACCCCAGGUCCAAAAUGUACAUCAAGCACAGUUACGGAAUGGAGUACCUUGAUAUGAGGAUGGAGGUAUGCACCCGAUUUAAGGUCUUGACAGCAACAGUUACCUGUAAUAAUGACAUUUACACAUUGGUCAAAGAGUCAAGUGAAGAGCUAGGCUUGUUUCAGUACAUCCAUUUGGCAAACUGGUGGGAAAAGAAGUCGUCAUUCCACAGAGAGAAACCGGAACACUCCCCCUGUCAGCACAUAAGACUAAGAGCAGCUCAAAGCAAACCUUCAAGUAAACCUGUUCAAUAUCUUCUUGAAGUUGAUGGUCAUCUCUAUUACCUCGCUGUACAUGUCACAUCGCAAUCGAGAGAAAAAAGAAUUUUAUUGGUGAUGAAAAAGUACCAAUACUCCACGGACCAAUGGCAGGACUGUUCGAAGCCUAGCGCUGACAAGCAGUCUUGCAAUGUGGCUGUGUCGUCUGGUAAGCACCUCUACCUCAUCACUAACACAGAAAUGCAUCGCUAUGACCCAAGUCAGGACAGUUGGUGUAAGGUAACCCCGCCAAGCACUAAUCUUGAGCCCUGUACGGCCGUUGCCAUGGGAACGGAAAUCUUCUGCACAGACGCGGCUGUCAGAAAGAUUUCGGUAUACGACGUUGAGGCAGAUAGCUGGAGUGAGCUUCCGGGGUGGUCAGGCCCAAACCUAAAGCCCACUCUCUUUGUACUUGAAGGCCAACUGCAUGUAUGCUUGCAUAAUGAGCAGAUCUAUGUGUAUGACAGGUCUGAAGGAGCUUGGAAAUACUUGCUCACCCUGCCAGAUGGGCCUUGGGGUAUAUGCGGUUCUACGCUACCCGUGGCACGUAUGUAUGUAUACAACCCUACAAGCUGAUAGGGCUGAUACUGUCAGUAUUAUCAGGAGAGCUCUU